GCCUUCAGUCUUGCAGUCGCACUCACAGCACCUGUUUUGUUGAUCCAUCCGCCCAGCCCAACCUCUUCCCUUACGCCAAAACCUCAAUCCUAACGCGAUAGUAACUGCUAUCUGAGGUCUCAUGCCCGAUCCUUUGCCAUCGCCCCCAUCGCGGCGCCGUUGGUAUCAGCGCCUUCGUCGGCGUAUCUCUCCUUUGCCUUCCUCAGAAGGUGCUCAGCCCCAUCGGUUCAAUAUGCGGCGCUUUCUAUCCAGGCUUGAACGGACGCGCGAUCCUGAUUGCACUCCCCCGAACUCACCUAGCCGACAUUCGUCUCCUACGGCGCCGAAGCCAUCAGAGAUAGACCACGCAUUGUUACCAUCACGACCACGCCUCUUAUUACUCGAUUACGAAUAUCCUGUCGUUCCCGGGCAACAGCCGUGUCCAGAUGAACCCAUCGAAACUUGGUAUGCUGCUCUUGCACGAUACGAGAGAGAUACAGGCACUGCUCUCUCUAUAUCUUGUACCAGAGCGACGGAUGUUCUCAGCCGUGUCGAUCAUAAGGAGGCGUACUUGGAACGGUUCGGUGCAGGCAGUGCUACACGCAUGAUGGACAUUCUCGUAACGAUUGUGCAAGCUGUGUCAUGUCUGAGCGAGAUGGUAGACAACACAGAGAUAUCGGUGAGAUCCACGACAAGCAAUGCCUACCGUGACUCACAUCGAUUCAGGCGCCUCAUUUGCGUGCAAUAACCUUUGAUUCAGUCGCAAACUAUGUCGAGAUAUCCACCAAGACGCUGGAAGCAUUCGAGGGUGGCUGC